AGCUUGCUUAAGCAUUACACGUACGCAAAGAUCGAGCUUUUAAUUUGCUUUGUUCACGAAUUGUUGUUUUUGCAUGCACCAUGGACGACGACCUGAAACAUCUGAGGGUCAGCUUCUCUGGGGUGAGGCAGGGCGGCGAGACAGUACCACUACCAUCACAGCGAAGGACGAGUUCACGCAGAGGCUCUCGCAUUUCUGUUUUAGCGAGUGAUGCGGCAGAGGAGUACGACGCGGCGUACGCGGCCACGGUGGCAGCAGUCGCCUACGCCAUCGCCGCGCGAGAGGAGAGGCUGUCAGCGUCUCAAGAGAGCACGCCGUAUGCUGCCGCGGACAGGCUUGCGCGUGGAAACAAGCAGUCCAGCAAGUCAGCACGCACAACCAAGAGAGGCGAGAGCCUGGAGAAGCCAAAUUUCGAAGGCAGAAGGUCCUCUUCCUCGAGAUGGUUCACUGGCAAAGAGCCCAUAGACGAUGACUACCAAGAUGAACAGGCUAACGUGUCAGUGAAACGGCCACUAAGACCGGCUCAGAAGAAGCCAGCACCAGCAGAGGGUGCGGCCUCAGACGAAAGGCUCCCUGCUCUCGCUGAUCCUGCACUACGCGUAAGGAAGGACUUCAGUUUCACCCGGAAACCGUCAGAGAAGAGAGGAAGUAGGCGAUUCGAGCAAGAUCAGGGGAACCAGACAACAGCGCCGCCGCCGCCGCCGCCAACGGCACGGCCAUCGGACAAGGCGUCGAGCUCGUAUUCGGCGGCCGGUAGUAGGGACAGCGGAGCUGCCACCACGUCCGGUGGACCAAUGGCGUUCUCCAGCGAAAACGAAGCCAUGGCAGAUGCGUGGGAGAAGGAGAAGCUGGCGAGAAUCAAGAGGAAGUACAACGAGACGAUGCAGACGAUUGCUGCAUGGGAGGCCGAGAAGAAGGCCAAUGCCAGGCGCCAAAAGCAGCUGAAAGAUGAGAGUGAGUCGGAGAGGAAGCGUGCCAAGGCGCUGGAGGAGUACACCGAGGAGAUGUCGAGGAUCAACAAGGUGGCCGCUGCGUCGAGGCUGACGGCGGAGGAGAAGAAGAGGAGUGCCGAGAGGAAGGCCAGGGACAAGGCGCACACAAUAAGGUCCACGGGGAAGCUUCCCGGGGCAUGUGGGUGUUUCUAAUGAAACCGCACGCGCACCCGUCCAUGAUGAGUCGACGUGCAUGAUUGUGUGUGUGUGUAUAGGCCUCGAUCUCGAUCAACACAUGGAUCCAUUUGGUACUAAAUCGAAAGGGAACGACAUGAAUAUUUGAGCAUAGA